AUGAUUUUGACAUUUAUCAUGUGAUUAUUGUCAUCAUAUUGGAAUGGGUGGCAGAAUUAUAGUUUCCUAAAAUUCUCGUCCUUGCUAAGUUUUGUCAUUGUUUUAUUUUCUGCAUUUUAGUAACUUUAAAAAAAUGAGGUACCAGCUGUUAUACACUCUAAGUUACCUGACGUCUGCCGCUGUGGUUGUUUUACCCCUUUACUACCUGUUAACGGGGAAAGGCGAGCAAAUAAGUUUAGGCUGGUUCUUUGAAAAUGUGUCUCCUUACCUGUGGGCUUCCUUGGGUAUUGGACUUGCUGUGGCACUAUCUGUUGUAGGAGCUGCACUCGGAAUUUAUACAACGGGAGCGAGCAUAGUAGGAGCUGGUGUAAAGGCACCUCGCAUUAAAACGAAGAACUUGAUUUCCAUUAUCUUCUGUGAAGCUGUGGCGAUUUACGGUCUUAUUACUGCUAUUGUUCUGUCCAGUAGUUUUCAGCGUUAUGACACCGUGGAACUAACGGAAGCAAUAAAGGCCCGAAAUUUCAUGGGUUCUCAUGUGAUUUUUGGAGCAGGAACGAUUGUGGGCUUUGUGAAUCUUUUCUGUGGUCUUUGUGUGGGCGUGGUUGGAUCGGGAGCAGCGAUUGCUGAUGCCGCAAACAAAACUCUUUUUGUGAAAAUCUUGAUUAUUGAAAUUUUCGGCAGUGCUAUCGGACUUUUUGGUUUGAUUGUCGGCGUAUUUUUGACUUCUAAAGGCAGCAUGGGAGCUUCUGCAUAAGCACUAUUCACUAAAUCAUCAGUACAUGCAGACAGACAAACUUACAAGGAUACGUGAAAAAUAAUGUAAUUAUACUUAAAUAGUUGAAUGGUCCCCUUUUCGCUAAAAACUUAUGCAGCCUUUUAUUGAGACAUUCCAGUAUUAGAUAAUCCUGAAAUUCGUUGGCUUAUUGUUUAGAAGUAUGUUAAUUGGAGCUGGCAUAGCAAGCAUUCGAUUUCCAGUUAUGCUGAAUAUUCGCGCAACUGUCCAUAGUAUGCUUUAAUUUCACUUUUAUCUGUUGAUUUUCAAACAGACCACGUCAAAUAAUAUUCUAUUAUUGUAUAUAAAAUGUAGUUUGAAAGAUAUCUUAGUCGUAGGGUAGAUACAUACGUUCCAAACCGUGUUAAAAAUAUUUAACGAGAAAUAAACAAAUUAACGGAACAAA